CAAUUCACUCUUGCUAUCAGUGUUGUUCCUAUUAGUGUCGUGUGCUCCUCCUUUCAUGUCGUUUCUGUAUUAGCGAACCCUAACUACAACGCAGCCAUUGUCGAGCAAGUAAGAUGGCGAUGCAGAUGGAGGCUGAGAAGCAGAAGCAGUUUGAGGUGGAUUUGGGUAACCUGAUGGCGUUGGACACUCAUCACACCUUUCCUUCUCAACCACCCAUUUCCAGGGCGGACCUCAUCAACGAGUGUUUACAAAAAGGAACUCAGUUAGUUCAAGCUAUCGCAGAUGCACUCUUUACUUUGCCAUCGACCGAAGAUGUAGAUGGACCCCUUGUCAAGUUGCCUGCACCACUGACUAAAUUGCCUAGAGAGAAACAUCUGCCAAAGCCAAAGCCUCCUACUAAAUGGGAAGUUUUUGCCCAAAAGAAAGGCAUACAGAAACGGAAGAAAGACAAAAUUGAAUAUGAUGAACAGUCUGGAACCUGGAAACGUAGAUAUGGGUAUGAUCGUGCAAAUGAUGAAGAUGCUGUACCCAUUAUUGAGGCAAAAGCAACAGAUGAUCCAAAAGAGGAUCCUUUUGCCAAAAGAAAAGAAAAUAAGAAGAAAAGAGUUGAAAAACAAGAUAAAAAUCGACUACAGAACCUGAAAGAAGCUGCAAAAUUCGGUGCUUUACCAAGCCAUGUCCAGUUGGCUGCUACAGCUUUACCUAUAACAGGAACUCAAGCAGCACCCAAGAAAGUUACCAAGGAUGAACUAGGUAAUGUAGCAGGAAUAGCAGCAACUGCAACUGCCAGUGGUGGGAAAUUUGACAAGAAAUUGGCAGGUGAAAAGCCUGCACAACAUAAAGGAAAAUAUCGAAAGUUCCUGCCUGUUGUGGAAGGAACAGGGAUAGGAUCGCAGGAGAAGGAGCAAACUGAAAAAAUAUUGAACAGGAUCAUCUCCAAGAAUUCCCAUGACAUACUCAAUGUUGGCAAGGCCAUCACAAUGCACAAUGUGAAGAAAGAGAAAAGGAGAAGGAGUGAGACAGGGAGGGCUUCCUCAAAUGACAGCAAAUUGAAAACUCAGAAGUCGUCUUUUAAAAAGGGAAAUUUCAAGAAAGGGACGGCAAAAGGAAAUCCCAAUAAAGGCAAGGCAAAAGGAAAAUAGUUUAGAUUAUUUCGAAGGUUGUAGAUUUUUUGGGAACUCUUUACUGGCUUAAAGUUUUGUAGACGAUUAUUUCAUCUAUCAAUUGCUAUACUUUUUAUUUAUUCUCUACCUCAAUACAGUUAGCUCUUUUUAUAGACAAAAAAUCUCCUUUUUAACUUUUC